CAAAGACAAUUAAGUAGUUACAACGUUGUGGAGGAGAAAGAAUGACAGUUGACGACGAGAGCUCGAUAUACGUGGGAGGGCUUCCCUACAGCGCCACCGAAGAAACUCUCCGUCGAGUCUUCGAUGUUUACGGUGCUGUUGUAGGCAUUAAGAUAAUCAAUGACCGUAAGGUUGGAGGAAAAUGUUAUGGCUUUGUCACCUUCACUAAUCCUCGGUCAGCCACGCGUGCCAUCAAUGAAAUGGAUGGGAGGACUAUUGAUGGGCGAGUUGUAAGAGUAAAUGAAGUGACUACAAGAGGUGGCAGAUCAGAUUUUGGUCGAGAAAGUAUUCGGCAUUCUGAGAGAGGGGUGAGAGGUGGUGAUACGGAUCGAGAUUGGGAAAGAGGCUAUGAUCAUGACGAUAACAGACGUAGGAAUGGGCAUAGAGAGCAUUCUCGAGACCGCGAUCACAAGAGGGAGAGAGGAUAUGACCGAAAUCGUGAUCGUGGUCGAUCACUAGAUUAUCAAGUCAAUAGAGAUCGGGGUGCCGAUGAUGAAAGACGUUUGGAGGAUGUUGAGCCGGAAGAUGAAAGGAUUCGAGAAAGUAGCUGGGAAAGAGAGAGGGACCAGCCUAUAAAGAUGCAGAAAACCAACAGUAACCAUAAAAGCAGAGAUAGAGAGAACGAUCAAAUGCCUAAGCUACUGCCUCGGUCUAAUUUAGACGACCAUGUUAGUAGAGAGCUGUCAGCUGAGUCAAGUGAGAAUGAUCAGCAUCAGAUGGAAAGGCAAACAGAAAUUUCAGGUCGGAAACUUGAAGAACUUAAGAAAAAGGCGUCUUUGAUGGAGGAAUUGGUCAACGAGAAGCAAAAUUUGGUGUCUAAGUUACAGGAAAGAUCCAAGGUUAUGAUAAGUUGCAGGGUUUUCCUAAAACUGGAGGAUUCAUUGACAGCUGCACAGAAGCUUACAUCACAGAGACAGAUGCAAUUAUCAAAGUUGUAUAAACAUUAUGCACAAGUAAGAGAGUGUGGUGAAAGGCUUAAAAUCUCAGAACAGGAACUACAGGUCUCUGAACGAAUGUUAUUCCUGAAGUAGCUAAUCAAGAAGAAGCUCUGGUCCACUCCACGAUGAUGGGGGUAGAAAUUGGUUGAUAUAUUUGUGUAUGUGGUGGGUCCGACAAGUAGCAGACACUGCCAAUUAAACUAGGUUCAACAAUUUUAUUGCACUUCAUAUAUGUUUGUAUGGCACUCAUUUAUCCAGUCUUCUUUCUUGCCGAUAAUGUAUUUCAUAUAUGUUUGUAUGAUGUUCAUGUAUGCGGUCCUCUUUCUUGGCCUAAAUGCAUGUUUUUUGGCCUGUCUCUACUGAAAGUACUGAAUCUAGAUGGUAUUUUUCUCCUUU